AGACAGCCGGGGCACAGUGAGUUCUGUCCCCUCUCCAGAGCAGUGGGGCGUCCAGGCAGUCACCCCUGAAACAGGGCGAGGAGGAGCUCCUGAGCACCUCAGGACCGGCGUGACCAGUCGCUGGACAGCUGCCCCACCUCUGCCGCGGCCAGAGAGGGCUUGCCAGGGCACAUCCCCUGGUGGCCGGGGACCCUGCACUUGCAGCGGCUCCGGGACACUCUCUGGCUCCCUGACCGCCCCCGGAGACCGGCCCCAGGCGCCGGCAGCUCCCUGCAUGGCGUUCUCCGAGCUCUUGGAGCAGGUCGGGGGUGAGGGCCUCUUCCAGACGCUGCAGGUCUUCACGCUCCUCCUUGUCUCCGUCCUCCUGCCCUCCCAGCUGCUCCUGGAGAACUUCUCGGCCGCCGUCCCGGGCCACCGCUGCUGGGUCCACAUGCUGGACAACGGCUCUGAGACCCCUGCAAACCUCACCCCCGAGGCCCUCCUCACCGUCUCCAUCCCCCUGGGCCCCAGCCAGGGGCCCCACCAGUGUCGCCGCUUCCGCCAACCGCAGUGGCAGCUCCUGGACCCCAAUGCCACGGCCGCUAACUGGAGCGAGGCUGCCACGGAGCCAUGCGUGGACGGCUGGGUCUACGACCUCAGCACCUUCACCUCCACCAUUGUGAGCGAGUGGGGCCUGGUGUGUGACAACCAGGGCCUGAAGCCCCUGGGCCAGUCCAUCUUCAUGGCUGGGGUCCUGGUGGGAUCCUUUGCCUGCGGCCUCCUCUCCUACUGGUUGGGGCGGAAGCCGCUUCUCUGCUGGUGCAGCCUGCAGAUGGCCGUGGCCAGCACCAGCACCAUCUUUGCCCCCAGCUUCCUCGUCUACUGCGCCCUCCGAUUUUUGAGUGCCUUUGGGCUGGCUGGCAUCAUCCUGACCUCAGCAACACUCAUGGCAGAGUGGACCACUACCCGCAGGAGGGCUGUCACCCUGACGAUCUUGGGAUGCACCUACAGCUUGGGUCAGACAGCCCUGGGUGGCCUGGCCUUCUUCCUGCGGGACUGGCGAACCCUCCAGCUGGCCGUGUCAGUGCCCAUGUUUGCCACCUUCCUGACAUCCUGGUGGCUGCCAGAGUCUGCCCGGUGGCUGAUUAUCACGGGCAAACCAGACCAAGCGCUUCAGGAACUCAGAAAGGUGGCCAGGAUAAAUGGCCGCAAGGAAGCCAAAAAGACACUGACCACAGAGGUGCUGAUGUCCAGCAUGGAGGAGGAGGUGGCCUCCGUGAGGGCCCGCCAGUCGGUGCUGGACCUGUUCCGCGUGCCCGUGCUGUGCUGGAGAAGCUUGAGUCUCUUCGUGGUGCAAUUCGCCGUAAUGCUCUCCUACUACGGGCUGGUCCUCGACCUGCAGAGCCUGGGGAGUGACAUCUUCCUCCUCCAGGUCCUCUUCGGAGCCGUGGACUUCCUGGGCCGGGGCACCACCACCUUAUUUCUCCGGUUUUUCGGCCGCCGCGUGACCCUGGCCAGCUUCCUGACCAUGGCUGGCCUCUCCAUCCUGGCCAACGUACUGGUCCCACAGGACUUGCAGCCCCUGCGUGUGGUCUUCGCCGUGCUGGGAAAGGGAUGUUUUGGUGUAAGCUUGACAUGCCUAACCAUCUACAAGCCUGAGCUCUUCCCAACUCCGCUGCGGAUGACGGCAGAUGGCUUCCUGCAGUCAGCAGGUCGGCUGGGGGCUGUGAUUGGCCCCCUGAUCAUGAUGACCCGCCAGGCCCUGCCCCUGCUGCCCCCCAUCUCCUACGGUGUCAUCUCCAUCGCUGCCAGCCUCAUCGUGCUCUUCCUCCCAGAGACCCGGGGACUUCCACUCCCUGACACCAUCCAGGACCUGGAGAGCCAGACAUCAGCACCAGCCAGUGGUUCCCAGCGAGAGGAGAUCAUCAGAGAAAGCACCUGGUUCUAGAAAUACUGCCUGCGUGGAGCCCCUUUGGCUAAAGAUCCCAAUGGAGGGAAUUGCCGCUUCUCCAAUCAGAGGGUGGGAGCGACCGGGGAAGCCUUGAGGGUCUGGUGUAGCAGGGGCCGGGCAGGCAUGGCUGAGUGGGCAGUGUCGCCAUCUGCUGUCCUCCCUAACCUGGUCAGACUCUCCACCCACCUCAGCCCUACAGGAGCCCACCGCAGACAGCCAUGCCCAGCCUGACUGCCCUCAGGUCCACCUUGUUAACAAGAUGGGCCCUCUUCCUUCCCUUCCAGGCUCACAGCUUCACACCUUCACCCAGCCAGCCCCCCAACUCACUUCACAGAAGCUGUGCUGCAGGUUACUCACCUCUGAGCUUCCAGACUGGAUCAUAGGACAGAGAGGGUGGGGUCCAGACAGAACUGGAUGCUGAUCUGUCCCCCACCAUUGAUAGAGUCCUCAUCUGUAAAAGGGAACGAUCAUGGAAACUGCCUCCCAUGGUGGGUGGUAGGGUGAACGGAUCUUACCACAGCGCAGAGUCCAACAAAUAGAACCGGCUAACAGAGCUGCCAGGUGCCAGUGUCUAGGUUGUGCCCUGCCCCAAGGCACCAGCUAAGGAGGCAUGUGGGGGCCAAAUCCAGCCCAGGCUACACUGGCCCAGACACUUACCCUAACGGGGGCUGUGUUCAUUCCAAGAAAGGGGUUGUUUUCAUUACCUCCCAUUUACCCCAUUGCUGAGGGAGGACUUCCUGCCUGUGGAUAUAGGGAUGGCCUAACACACGACAUCUAGCACUGCACAGAUGACAGGGACUGCACUUUAUUAAUCACAGCCCAAGGGAGGAUGACACCACACGCCCUGCAGGGUCAUGAGGGGGUUGCUCGCAAGAACAGAGUGAACCACCAGGGGCCGUGGGGGGCAGGAUUUGUGGUAUCAAGAGGGUGGGGUGGCUCCUGGUUCCUGCAGGAGGAUGUGACUGGCUUGUUUGACUAAUUUCACACAUCGGCAGGAAACUUAAACCUGCAUCUCGGGGAGAACACAGAGCUGAGCCUGGUCCCUUGAUAAGAAGUGUUAUUGGCUAGGGGACCUUAGAGGACAGGAUGGGGAGGGAUUCACAGUUAGGCCAUUUGAGACCCUCUUGGUUGCACCAGAUGUCAAGACAGCAGGUAAUAUUGGGCCUUGAUUUUAGGCCUCACAUCACAGGAGCACCCUUUUGCUGUUUGUCUAUCUCGAGGGGUCACCUUUUCCAAAUUCAUGCAAAGACCCUCCCUGUGCUAGCAGCAGCCCAGGCUGGUAAAAUUGUGUGAUGGUUGAGUCUGACCACUUAUUUGAGAGGUGAGGAAACUAAAGCCCAGAGAUGGAAUGACGUGCUCGGAGCCACACACCUGACUCCAGCCCAGGGCUCUUUCCAGAGCACCAGGCUCCUCACCCUCACCCACAUCCCUCUGCAGCCCUGUCAUAAAGUUACAUCCUUCCCCAGAGAUCCAGACCCUUUAGACAAUUGCCCACCCUCCUUGGACAACUCAGGGAAACUUCUAGAUUCCCCAUCCCAGGUCCCCUCUCUCACAUCUGACACACACCAGAGCCGUCACAUACAAUUCAAAUCAAAACCACCUGGGAGCUCAUGAUAAAUAUCACGCUUUCCCCACCAACGGGCCCCUACGGGUCCCCAGCCUUACUUCACAUGUAAUAAAUUUAA